UAUAACGGUCAGGUGGGCUGGUUCCCUUCCAACUACGUCCAGGAGGAAGAGGUGGAGGACACAUCAGCCGACCUUCCCGCUGUCUUCUCCUCAAAGCUGGGCCUCAGUAACGGUCAGGGCCCCAGAGUCCUUCACACUGUUCAGACGCUCUACCCCUUCAGUUCCGUCACGGAUGAGGAGCUGAACUUUGAGAAGGGUGAGAUGAUGGAGGUGCUGGAGAAGCCAGAGAAUGACCCAGAAUGGUGGAGGUGUAAGAACUGCCAUGGGCAGGUGGGUCUGGUGCCAAAGAACUAUGUGGUUGUGCUCAAUGAUGGUCCAUUAGCCUCGGGCUCCCAUUCCCAGCAGAACAGCCACACGGAACCCUCCCACACGGGGAAAUUCGCCGGAAAGGACUGGUACUAUGCCAGCGUGACACGGCACCAGGCUGAGUGUGCACUGAACGAGAGGGGGGUGGAGGGAGACUUCCUUGUACGAGACAGCGAGUCCUCUCCGAGUGAUUUCUCAGUGUCUCUGAAAGCAGUCGGGAAGAACAAACACUUCAAAGUGCAGCUGUCGAAUGGAGUUUACUGCAUUGGUCAACGCCGCUUCAAUACUAUAGAGGAACUGUUAGAGCACUACAAAAAAGCUCCCAUCUUCACUAGUGAACAUGGAGAGAAGCUUUACCUUAUCAAACCCCUCCAGUGACCUUCCACACACAAAUGAGCCUUAUAACCAGGCCUUACUGGGCCAGACCAGAUCUGACCUCACACUGAGCCAAGUGAUCUGCAACUCCUACUUACCCAUCAUUUUUCACCAGCAAACAGGGGACUUACUGAAUACCAACCCACAGGAAAAUCGCAGGAUUUAACAUUAUGAUGUUGUUUCUGCCAAUGUGUACUUUCUGUUCCUGUGUCUCCAUGUUGCUUUAGCUCUUCUUUUCACCUGGAGUGGUUCACCUAAAU